GGUACUGCUCUGCGCAUGCGCACCCCAGUUGCCAGGCAACAGCCCGAAACACUUUGGAAGAAACUUUCUAGACAGCUUGUAGUUGUCAGGUGUCCCAGGCCCAGUGGGUCCCUAAGCAGCACCAUGUACCAGAGCAUGGAGAUCAGCAUGAGCAGGAAGAAGAAAGUCCCUACUCGCUUUCUGCCGAACACCUAUAGAUUGUUUAAUGAAAACUUAUACAAUGUAAAUUUGCACAAGGAAACAACUCAUCUCCCUGAUGUGUACAGAAAGCCUGAAAAGCUGCAGCAUCCAAGAUCACCCACACGUAACAACAUGCCACAUCCGUACUAUGCCAGGUUUCUAAGAGACAAUUCUAGGUUUCUGAAGGAGCCAAUUCCUCAUAUGGAAACUGCAAGCACCAAACAUAUACAGUCAGAGUGGUGGCCCAGAGAUGAGGAACAUGUUGCUCCUCACAAACCAUCCUACGAUAUGAUGACCACCCAAAGAAGUGACUUUCUGAAGUUUUCUUACUCGAGUAAUCCUCAAACACGAUACAGUGCAAAACCAUGCAAGUCGCCGGUUUGUGGAAUAGUCCCAUUUGCCCCUCCAAGAAGCAGAACACGACUGCCUCGGCUGUUACAGGAACAGAUUUCCUUCAUACAUAAUUAUAAUGCGAGAUCAGUAACAAAUGAACCCAUUCGGGGAAAGCGUCAUGGAGCCUUUGUAUGGACAGAGAUAAAAACAGAGAGUGGGCCAGCAGUUCCUAAGGGAACCAAUCUGUUCCUGAACACUACAGGGUCACAUUCACUUGACCAGGCAGAAACAGAGAAAGGAAAUUCAGGGGAAAGCAGUGUGACCUCACCCAGGCGCUGCUCGCAUGGUUCCCAGCAGAUGUUCGGCUCUGAAAUUCACUUAUCAAAAACAGACCUUGGAGAAGGAGCCAAGAGCAAUCCCAGUGCAGCAGACAGGGAACAGAACAAGUCGGGCAGCUCACAGACCAUUGGAAGAAAAACCCUCAUUCCCAUAGGUGAAAAACUAUCAAGUCAGCCAAGUGUGAACUCUGCCUGAUGGGCUUCAUAUCUGUCUCAUUUCCUAUUCCUUUUGUACCAGACACCAGAAUGAGUGACAUGCUCAAGUCACAACCAGAAUCAGCGGAUACAAAUAAAUGGGUUUUUACCAGACCUUUCCUUUAA